AUGAUAAAGGGUUGGGUAUUCCUAUGUGGUUUACUGACAAUUGUGGCCUGUGUGUCCUCAACACCACAAGACGAUAUGAAAAUUCUCUAUGAUCGUAAGGUGGAUUUUAUUUUACAAGACAAUCUAAGCAAAGUAGGUUUGAUUCCUACAUGGAUGGCUCAAUUCUCUGCAGAAAAUGGCACGUUUAAAGAUGUAGACUAUACAUCUGGGUGUACUGCAAGAAGAGCCAAUUGGCCAGCACAACAACACUUUCUGAGAAUAGUGACGAUGGCUAGCCAGUUUCGUACAAGCCCAAAUAACGCUAGUGUCUUAUUGCCUCCCAUCUCCAAAGCUAUGGACUAUUGGUUUGACAAUACAUACGUUCCCGAUACAUGUUUAGAUGAAGGUGGUAUGGAUAAUAGUACAUGCCCCUGUGGUACUCCCGGUAUUUGGAAUACAAAUUGGUUUGGCCAAAUGAUUUUAAUGCCUAAAUUGAUCUCAAAUGCAUGUUUAUUAUUGAAACAGAAUUUGACCGAUACGCAAUUAGGAAAUUGUACUCUAGUUAGCCAGAGAGUGUACGACAGGAUCGAUACGUUUGUGCUCGGUAUCGGACCCAUGACAGGUGCAAACAUGCUCGAUGCUUCUACUUCUAUCAUCAAUCUCGGUCUUUUAACAGACAAUGCAACCAUGACAGCUGAUGCUUUGGCUCAUUUCUACAAUCAAACUUUAAUCAUUCCCGAAACUGGUGCUGAUGGUGUAAAGAUUGAUGGUGCUUAUUUACAGCAUUUCUCUCAAGUCUAUAACGGCAAUUAUGGCAAAGAGUUCAUCAACUCGGUCGUCAAUGUCUUUUCGCAAACGGAUCAAACUUCAUUUAUUCCUAAAGUGGAUACACAGGAGGCUUUCUUGACGUUGAUGAAUGGUACCGAGUGGAUGAUUUUCUCGAAUAAUAAUGUGUCGAUCUAUUGGGAAUAUAGUACGAUUGGUCGAAUGGUUUCUUUCUUGGCUGCCGAUAAACAAGCGAGUGGCGGUGUCGUCUUGAACUUGACACGUAUUGAACAAUCUACUGCCAAUUGGGUAAAUGCACCUGCCAUCAAAAAGAUUGUGGAUAGUUUAAUUUCUUUAAACACAACCCGUAGCGGGCAAGGAGAUUUAGCGGGUACACGUGGGUUCUUUUCUGGCGAUUUCUUGGUUCAUCGAAGCCCAUCGUAUGUUACAACCUUAAAAACCUUCUCAACCAGAACGUCAAAUUCGGAGUGUAACAAUGAUCAAAACCCCUUUGGGUUUCAUCUGAGCGAUGGGGCCAUUUACAGUUACCUGGAUGGAAAUGAAUACUCGGACGUUUUCGCGGCGUGGGACUGGAACCUCAUCCCGGGUACAACAGUCGAUUAUGGUGCGACCCCAUUUGGUUGUAACAUCACUCAAUUUUAUGGUAAUACAACCUUUGUCGGCUCCGUCACUCCCUCAUACAAGGAUGGUUAUUCAUCUAAAGGUGGUAUGGCUGUCAUGCAAUACUUGAACCCCAUGACCGGAAGUUUGCGCUGGGAAAAGACCUACUUUUUCUUCCCGGGAUUCUAUGCAGUUCAAAUUGGCCCUAUUGAAUCACAAACCGAUGCUCCUGUCAUUACUACCCUGGAUCAAUCAAACCUGAAAGGUGAUGUCUAUGUCAAUGGAAAGUUAGUCUCUAAUGGUGGUGGUGGGGAUAUUACCAGCAGUCAAAAGAACCAAACAGUUUGGCACAACAAGAUCUUGUAUACUAUUCUCGAUGAUAAACUUGCGUUAAAGAUCAAUACAGAUAGCCGUACCACAAAUAACAAUUGGUCUACCAUCGGUAUUUCUCAAGGUUUAGCUACACAGCGAAUUUUUACGGCAACUCUGGAACAUUCUGCUGCAUCCCUUAAAAACGCCAGUCAGACUAAACCUUCUAGCUAUGUGGCUCAAUUAGGUGUCGAUGCAAAGACAAGUGAUAUCGAUAAGAUUGUGCAGCUUGUCUAUCAAGAUGACGAGAAACUGGGUAAAGUGCGUGGUGCAUAUAAUCCUAAAGAUCAAACUAUUGCCUUAGCCUUUUGGACAGCUGGUAGCUAUGCCAGUCCAUGGAAAUUGAGUGUGAAGACAGAUCAACCCAUUUUGACUUUCUUCACCAAGGAAAGCAGUGGUUAUGUUAUGACUGUUUCUGAUCCCACUCAAUUAUUAACACAAGUCAACAUUGAAGUCACGCAAACGAAUAGUACACGUCAAUUACAGAUUUCUCUACCUUCAAGUCCAUCUGCUGGAAGUAGUGUUUCAUAUAAUUUAUAA